AUGGGAAGUGAACGGUUUGGGCCCGAUUGGAGCGGUUCCGAUGGAGGCCGAGGUCCAGUUCAGGCGUUACGGGAAGUGAACGGUUUUGGCCCGAUUGGAGCGGUUCCGAUGGAGGCUGAGGUCCAGUUCAGGCGUUACGGGAAAGCGCCUCCACCCUCAGAGCGCCACCACCCUCAGAGUGCCUCCACCCUCAGAGCGCCCCCAUCCUCAGAGCGCCACCACCCUCAGAAGCGCCUCCACCCUCAGAGCGCCACCACCCUCAGAGUGCCUCCACCCUCAGAGCGCCUCCACCCUUAUAGCACCCCCACCCUCAGAGUGCCUCCACCCUCAGAGCUCCUCCACCUUUAUAGCACCCACACCCUCAGAGCGCCUCCACCCUCAGAGUGCCUCUACCCUUAUAGCACCCCAACCCUCAGAAGCGCCUCCACCCUUAUAGUACCCCCACCCUCAGAGUGCCUCCACCCUCAGAGUGCCUCUACCCUUAUAGCACCCCCGCCCCUCAGAGUGCCUCCACCCUCAGAGCGCCUCCACCCUUAUAGUACCCCCACCCUCAGAGUGCCUCCACCCUCAGAGUGCCUCUACCCGUAUAGCACCCACACCCUCAGAGCGCCUCCACCCUCAGAGUGCCUCCACCCUCAGAGUGCCUCUACCCUUAUAGCACCCCCACCCUCAGAGUGCCUCCACCCUCAGAGCGCCUCCACCCUUAUAGCACCCCAACCCUCAGAGUGCCUCUACCCUCAGAGUGCCUCUACCCUUAUAGCACCCCCACCCUCAGAGUGCCUCCACCCUCAGAGCGCCUCCACCCUUAUAGCACCCCCACCCUCAGAGUGCCUCUACCCACAGAGUGCCACCACCCUUAUAGCACCCCCACCCUCAGAAGCGCCUCCACCCUCAGAGUGCCACCACCCUUAUAGCACCCCCACCCUGAGAGUGCCUCCCCCCUCAGAGCGCCUCCACCCUUAUAGCACCCCCACCCUCAGAGCGCCUCUACGCACAGAGUGCCACCACCCUUAUAGCACCCCCACCCUCAGAGUGCCUCCACCCACAGAGCGCCUCCACCCUCAGAAGUGCCUCUACCCUUAUAGCACCCCCACCCUCAGAGUGCCUCCACCCUCAGAGUGCCACCACCCUUAUAGCACCCCCACCCUCAGAGUGCCUCCACCCUCAGAGUGCCUCUACCCUUAUAGCACCCCCACCCUCAGAGUGCCUCCACCCACAGAGCGCCUCCACCCUCAGAGUGCCACCACCCUUAUAGCACCCCCACCCUCAGAGCGCCUCCACCCUUAUAGCACCCACACCCUCAGAGCGCCUCCACCCUCAGAGCGCCUCCACCCUCAGAGUGCCUCCACCCUCAGACACCCCCACCCUCAGAGCGUCUCCACCCUUAUAGCACCCCGACCCUCAGAGUGCCUCUACCCUUAUAGCACCCCCACCCUCAGACACCCCCACCCUCAGAGCGCCUCCACCGUUAUAGCACCCCCACCCUCAGAGCGCGUCCCCUCUCAGAGUGCCACCACCCUUAUAGCACCCCCACCCUCAGAGUGCCUCCACCCUCAGAGCACCUCCACCCUUAUAGCACCCCAACCCUCAGAGCGCCUCCACCCUCAGAGUGCCUCCACCGUUAUAGCACCCCCCACCCUCAGAGUGCCUCCACCCUCAGAGCGCCUCCACCGUUAUAGCACCCCCACCCUCAGAGUGCCUCCACCCUUAAAGCACCCCCACCCUCAAAGCGCGUCCCCUCUCAGAAGCGCCUCCACCCUUAGAGCACCUCCACCCUCAGAGUGCCUCCACCCUCAGAGCUCCUCCACCCAUACAGUGCCCCCACCCUCAGAGCGCCUCCACCCUCAGAGCGCCUCCACCCUUAAAGCACCCCCACCCUCAAAGCGCGUCCCCUCUCAGAGUGCCACCACCCUUAUUGCACCCCCACCCUCAGAAGCGCCUCCACCCUCAGAGCUCCUCCACCCAUACAGUGCCCCCAUCCUCAGAGCGCCCCCACCCUUAAAGCGCCUACACUACUCCCCUCACUAA